CUUCUCACUUGUAAGGGCAACGAACAAUCGAUUGCUGCUGGUUGAGAUAGACAUCCAUCCAUGGCGUACAACAAUCCAUCCGUCCAAAGGAAAUGAGGCCAUAGACUAACCAUCGCGUCUUUCUAUCUCUACCUACCCAUCUUCCAUUCUUGAUCAUGAUCGCCGUUGAUACCCGUCCGCAUCGUAACGGACACCAUCGACACUUCUUCGGGACUAUACCUUUUCUAUUAUCAUGGACUAUGUGGCGUACCUUCUUGAUCGGACUCUCUCGCUGGAAUCGAACCAAACCAAACCAAAUCGUCUUGUGGAAUCGCCGAAUCAACACUUUACCUGGACACCAACAUCGACUGGAUAAUGGAAAACAUACUUGGCUUUGUGGACCAAUCAACAUCAUCUAAUCUACUCCAACAACAAACGACCUGCAACACCAAAACGGUUGAUCCAUAACCAUCACAGACAUAAUGGCCAGCCACAAGAUUGCCAAGAACGGCCCCGCUGAUGAGAUCGAGCUCUCUGUUGCUCAGGCUCUCUUUGACUUGGAGAACAACGUCGCUGAUUUGAAGAAGGAGCUCAAGCCCCUUCAAAUCUCCAGCGCCAAGGAGAUCGAGACCGGUAACGGUAAGAAGGCCAUCGUUGUCUUCGUCCCCGUCCCCCAGCUGAAGGCUUUCCACAAGAUCCAGCAGAGACUCACCCGCGAGCUCGAGAAGAAGUUCUCUGACCGCCACGUUGUCUUUGUCGCCCAGCGCCGCAUCAUGGCCAAGCCCACCCGCACUUCCCGUGCCAAGCAGCAGCGUCCCCGUUCCCGCACUCUCACCUCUGUCCACGAGAAGCUUUUGGAGGACUUGGUUUACCCCACCGAGAUCACUGGCAAGCGCACCCGUGUCCAGACCGACCAGAGACGCAUCAUCAAGGUCUUCCUUGAUGCCAAGGACUCUACCUCUUUGGAGUACAAGCUCGAUACUUUCUGCGCUGUCUACAAGCGUUUGACCGGCAAGGAGGUUGUCUUUGAGUUCCCCGCUCACCACGCCGAAUAAAUACUUUUAUUUUUCUCGGGAAAAAAUACCGGACCUUAUAUUAAAAGGGGACAUUACCGGGCAGAUCCUUUUUUUACUGAAAAAAAUAAAGAACUCUCUCGUUGUUCAUAACCACGCAACGUCCCCGUUACCGCGUCCUUUUUGUUUUGGCGCCUGACGGUAUCGCGCGCAGCACGGACCAAGUACGCGCGAUCUAGUGAGGGCUCAAUUCGACGGACAAACAAAAAUCGACAUCGCAGCGAGGCAAAAACCACUGGAUGCAUUUGAGCUUUUCAGAUCGAUACAUCGG